CAAGGUGGUACGAACGCACGCAAAGUACACUGCGACUUUCGACUACCUACCCUAACCGGCCGGCGAGAGAUCAAGUCCAGGCUCGAGAAGUCGAGAGCCAUGAGCAAGAGAGGCAGGGAUGUGUGGGACAUGGAGCUGGGCAGCCUGGACACGGCCCGCCUGCUCAUGCUCCUCGCGCAGCAGCACCAGCAGCACCAGCACCAGCGCGCCGUCGCCGGGGCGGCGCAGGCGAUGGGCGGCGGCCGCGUGUUCGAGUGCAAGACGUGCAACCGGCAGUUCCCCACGUUCCAGGCGCUCGGAGGGCACCGCGCCAGCCACAAGCGCCCCAGGCUGCACCAUCCGCAGCCGCAGCUCGCUCUCAGCAGCGUCGACAACGACGCGGCGCUCCGCCUCGGCCGCCAGGCGCCGCCGCAGCCGGCCAGGCCGAGGGCGCACGAGUGCCCCGUCUGCGGGCUCGAGUUCGCCGUCGGCCAGGCGCUGGGCGGGCACAUGCGCCGGCACCGCGUCGAGGCCGAGGCCGCCACCAACGCGCCGAGCAGCAAGGCCGCGGCGCCCGAGACGGCGCUGGCGUCGUGCGACGCCGGCGGGAUCUGCCUGGACCUGAACCUGACGCCGUCGGAGAACUGCGCCAAGUGCAGGAGCGCGGCGGGGCUCGGCGCCGCUGCCGGGCAGGGCGUACACAAGGCGCUCGCCAUGUUAGACUGCUUCCUCUGAUCAUUCAGAUUGCUCGUGCCCCCUGAUGUUCCUCGCAUGGCGGUGGCUGCUGAUUGCUUUCCUGCUAAACUGUUCUAUUGGUUUAUUUUAUACUUUUAUUUUAUAUCUGUUAGAUUUUUUUGUUGUAAAUUUUUAGAUGUAAAUGUUCAUAGG